AUGACCGAGUCCGAUGGGAAGGGCCUGACGGUGCCCAAAUUCUCCUCCUUCAAACCACCAGCGCCGGUGUUGGACAUCACCACACAGUCGAACGAGAACACAAAUGACCGUUCAAAAAUCCCCCAGUACCGUCGCAAUGGGCGUGGGCGGCUGCUGGGCUCCGAUGGCUACCUGUCGAUUCACACCGAUGCCAUGGACGAAGAAUUCAGCAUUCGACGGCCGGGUCAAGGAACCUCGGCUUUGAAAGAUAGGCACCUUUUCGCUAAGGUUCGUUACACGAAGCCAAGGCGAAUUCGGGUACGGAAAGACGGCACGGCCUCGUCAGGCGAAGAGGAAUUCGUCCCACUCAGCCAAGCGAAGAACCGACGCCACGAUCAUGACGCAUCGGCAUCAGAGGACGAAGCCAUGGUUUACAGGUCUAUCGAAGGCAAAGCCAAAGCACAUCAGUAUUCAGACAGUGAGCUGGAAUACGACUCGUCUGACGCCGGCGAAUCGAGGUUUGACGACGAUGACCCAGCUAGAAGGAAGUCCAUCGAGCUCUCACGUCGCGUCAAAGAACAUCCAAACGACAUUGAAGCAUGGUUGGCCCUCAUUUCCCACCAGGAUGUGCUCUUGCAUAGAUUCCAAGACUCUGGCGGUGAAGCUACUGAGGCCGAGGUGCGCAGCUUUGCCGAGAUUAAGCUUUCCAUGUACGAGAGUGCUCUUCAAGCCCAAUCUGCAGACCAUGAAGAGCAACUCUUACUCGGCAUGAUGCUGGAAGGAGCCAAAACUUGGCCAGCCUCUAAGCUCCAUCGGCGACUACUAGACGUUGUGCAGCGACACCCGACCAGCUUCGUGCUUUGGAAAGAGAGAAUCGACUCCAUGUUGACGAACAUGACGGCAUUUCAAUUCCAUGAGCUGAAGGAUGCCUAUCAAGAACGUCUGCUAUCACUCCCUGGCUUACAGAAGUAUCCUGAGCAAGUCAUUUAUGUUUUUCUGCGCAUGACAAGGUUCAUAUAUGAUACAGGGUACCGCGAACUCGCUGUGGCUGCGUGGCAGGCCGUCUUGGAGUUGAAUCUCAAUCGACCCUCUACACUCUCUGGCGCGUCAUCGACAGAGAUUAUGGAUCAAUUCAAGGACUUUUGGGAAAGCGAGGUCGCCCGAAUUGGCGAGGACAGCGCUCAGGGAUGGGCUCAUUAUGUGCAACAAGACGGACUACUAGAUGCCCCUGACCCCGUGACACACCCCAUUCACAGAAGCAAGUCGCGCAACGUGUACCAGGCAUGGGGAGCCACCGAGCACGUACAAGGCCAGCAAGCCAGGCUGCCUGCCCGAUCCAUGGAUGAAGGUGUCGAGGACGAUCCAUAUCGCGUCGUCAUCUUCUCGGACCUGGAAAACCUCAUCUUUUGCGUGCCUGGAGCAUUGAUAAAGACUCUGAGAAAGCAGUUGGUGGAUGCUUUCCUCUUGUUCUGUCAUCUGCCUCCUGCCGACGGAUCAAAUGGGUGGACAAAGGCAGCAAUGAAUGAUCCUCACGUGGUCGGCAGCCUCUACGACUUGAGAACCGAGCUGCUGCGAAAGCCUGCUCAGCAUAACCCCGACGAGGACGAUGCAAAACGCCUUCCGAUCUUUGAUUAUGACGCGCAUCAGCUGAGGGUAUCCUUCGACUGUGUCUUCGCAAGUCAAAGUUGGUUUAAGUACUUUGCAGGUUGGCCAACCCGCAACAAAAACCUAGGGGGCCCUGUGCCGCUUUCUUGGACUGCAAAUGCGGUGCGGCAGGUGGUCAAUACCGCAGUUGCUGAGUCGUUGGCGCAAUACUCUUUGGCCCUGGACUGGAUUAACGACCCAGACAAUGUCAAGAAACGAGCCCGGCCGCUACUGAAACAAUUCCCACGCAACCUUCGAUUAUACCUGGCAUAUGCUCUUGCAGAGGAGAGGAAUGGGAACCUGGAUGUCGCAAGACAAGUCCUUGUCUCCUCUGCUGUUCUAGCUAAGUUACUCAUCACGCAACAAACCCUACGCGGCAACCUGAGCUACAACACACCAGCUUCUGAAGCCGAAUCCACAGCUCUGAACGCAGGUGCACUGAUCCUAUGCGAGUAUCUGACAGUUGGAGGGGGAUCUGAAUCAGCGUCUCUGACGCAGGGCAACAUUUCGACAGCAAUGGAUAGAUCAGCGGCAAGGUUGCUCUAUUUCCAUGCUAGGCAAGGUCCGUUUCGAAGCGCCUAUCUGCGAGAGCAGCUUGCCAAAUGCCUAGGUAUCUUCCCUAGGAACACAAUGUUCCUGAGCCUUUUUGCGUGGGCAUCUUCAAGCUUUGGCAUUGACGACCCCGUCGGGGACAUGCUUCGCAGCACUGCCCUCGCAAAUCAGAACGAUUGUGUCAGCAGCCGGAUCUUUGCCAUCAAAUAUGAGCUGCAAAGAGGCAACUCGCACUCGACCCGUGCCGCCUUUGAACAGGCGCUUAAAAGCCCAGCGUGUCGAGCCAACAGCGAGUUGUGGCGGAGCUAUGUUCAGUUUAGCCACUCGCGGAAGGAACUCCGAGCCAAGGCAAAAGAAAUCUUCUUCCGUGGCCUUGGGCAGUGCCCGUGGUCCAAAGACCUGGCCAUGGAGGCGUUCACUACGCUGGCCAACGUGAUGGAUGAGUUUGAGCUGGGAUCAGUCUUCAACACGAUGCAGUCCAAGGGCCUAAGACUUCAUGUGGAGCUGGAUGAGUUUCUGGCCGCGCAGGGCAGGGAAACAGGAAGGCGGUAA